UUGUCCACUCCCAGUCUCCCAACUUAAAUAAUUCAAACUUGAGGGGAAUUCCUCAAAAAAAAAAAGAAAAAAAAAAAAAGAGAGAGAACCGAAUAUCCACAGCACAUUGUCAACCCCAGCCAUGCACACUGAUAUAUUCCUUAACUUACUUGAUAAAGUAAUCAUCCAUCCGUUGACUUUGACUCACUCUGUAAAUCCAUACCACUUGCCAUUAUCAUCCCAAUUAGCUGUCGUUUAGAACUGCUUAGACUUUGCAACACUCACGUCUAGUUGGGGCCCACUUUCGCUCCUCCUUUUUAAGCCCACCAAACAAACUAACAAAUACCUUUCCAAUUACAUAUCUUUCGCCAAAUAUCCCGGAUUUUCGAGAUAAUUGAGAUUUCUGAUAAUUGGGUUUUUCUCUGAAUUUGAUUUGAACAAGUGGGUCAUCAAUGGAAUUGCAAAACGUUGGUAUUGCGAGAUGUGGGAAGUGGAUCAAAAGGCCAGAAAAUGUCAAUUUUGUGAUUCUAGGAAAGUCUUAUAAAUCUUCUUCUGCGAAAUCAAAGCUCGAGAUUUUUUCAUUUGAUCCUAAAACUACUACUCUCGAAUCUUCUCCACUGACUGAACAGGAAAUUGAAGAUGGAGAGCCAGUGAGCAUUGCGGUGCACCCUAAUGGGGAUCAAAUCAUUUGUGCUACUUCCUCUGGUGACUGCAAGAUAUUUGAAUUAUGUGUCCAAGAAACAUCUACAAAACUGUUGGCUAAAGAAGCACCAUCUCUAGAAGGUGUUGGACUGCAAAAUUGUGUAGCUUUUAGCAUUGAUGGAUGCAAACUUGGUAUGGGUGGAGAGGAUGGGCGUCUCAGAAUCUUAGAGUGGCCUAGCAUGCGAAUAAUAAUCGAUGAACCAGCUGCUCACAAGUCCUUUCGAGAUAUGGAUUUCAGCCUAGACUCUGAGUUCUUAGUCUCAACUUCUACUGAUGGUUCAGCAAGAGUUUGGAAUGUUAAUGAAGGAGUUCCUGUGGCAACCUUGAAACGCAGUGCGAAUGAAAAAAUUGAAUUAUGCUGUUUCUCGAAGGAUGGAACUAAACCUUUUGUGUUUUGCACUGUUCAAAGAGCAAAGCUUAAACCAAUUACUGCUGUUUGGGACAUGAGUACUUGGAAAAGGAUUGGAUACAAGGUACUGCUUGGAAAGCCUGCUUCAGUAAUGUCCACCAGCCCAGAUGGGAAAUAUCUUGCGCAGGGAAGCAAAGAUGGCGAUUUCUGUGUAGUUGAUGUGAAUAACAUGAGGAUCAGUCACUGGAGUAAAAGGCUGCAUCCGGGUACAUCUAUCGGAGGAGUACUAGAGUUUUGUCCUAGUGAAAGGGUUGUACUUACAACUACUGAAGAAUGGGGAACUAAGGUGACUAAGCUAACUGUUCCUGCAGAUUGGAAAGAUUGGCAGAUCUAUACACUGCUGCUGAUUUUGCUUUUGGCUUCUGCAGUAGCCUUCUAUAUAUUCUAUGUGUAUUCUGAUUCAUUUUGGCAGGUGCCUGGCACAACUCAGCACUCUAGACCAAAAUUCGAUACGCUUAUAGGAGAUCCACAAUCUGAGGAUCCAUUUGGCCCGUUGGAUCUGUAAUUACUUGAUUUUGAGUUGCAUAGACCUUACAGUCAUAACCAGGUUGAACCAACUUCUGCAGUUUUAUUGAUGAGGUUACACUUUACACUGCUCUCCUUACUCUGCAGUUGACUGAUUGAGGCAAGAUAGCAAAGUUGAUAUCUGAUUUUAGCGGUGUAUAUUUUUAUUUCUAUUUCAUUGUUUUUAAGUGUUUAACGUCCUUUUUUUUUUCCGUGGACUACAUACAAUGUAUUGAUUCUGAGUUAGUAUCUUUUGGUGCAAAUUUGUUUCUUAGUUGGGAAUAAGAGCUGAGACAUUUUGUGACUGAUAAGCUAUUUCAAAAGAAAUGGUAUUAUGUAUGAUGCGUCGUCUUAGUCUUA